GUACAGAGUAACCCUGGGAGUGGGCAUCGUGUGGCCUAUGCCUCGGGGCGUGGCCCAUUUGUUUGCUGGGCUAGGACAACUCGCAGCAAGUACCGACAACGCAGGAGCACCGCCGGCCAAGCACCGCCGGUGGUGCCCACUGUCUAGCUGAUCUCCGUUAGACGGUUUGGCUUCUCUAUCUGCUUCCCUAGCCCAGGGACUCCUCCUUGGGCGUGUCCCGCGGCCAGGGGUCAGGCUUCUUCCGGCUACCCCGGCUCCAUGAUGGCAACCUGCACGCGCCAUCUUGUCGCCCACGAUGACCGGGGGGCAGUAGGUGGGUUGAUGCCAAUGCCGGCCUAAUACAGAAUACACUGUCUUGCCCUUCCUUUAUCUCCUUGAACGCCCCUCUCACCUCUUCGUCCCGAGAUACAGCUUUCCUUCUCUUCAAGAGAUCUUCCCCCUUCGUCAAUCUCGUCCUACGAGGGCAGUCUACAGCUUUGCCUUUUUGUCUCACCUACUUUCUCCUACCAUCUUCACCCUCUCUCACCUCUCGUCACUUCUUCAUCCGCCUUUAAAUAUCCCCCGCCGCCACCUUGGUUUCUUCACCCACCUGGCUUUUGAUACUCGUCCACCCACCAACGUGUAUCAACUUUAUAUAUCUUCCAACUUCGUCAUUCAUUUCUUGGGCUUUUAAUAUACAAACGCGGGUCUUAUCCAUUUGUCGUCGUCGACGCAUCUCAAUACCCACUCACUCACACAGCCAUACUCUUUUGCAUCGCAGCUCGUAUAUAUCUUCAGCCUUCAAUCACACAAUGAGCUCCUUCACUCAAUCACAGUGGCCUGCCUGGGGCUAUGCCAGUGUCACCGACAACUACGGUGGCGCUUAUUCACAGGUUCCCAACUAUCCUGCGUACUUGGCGGAGUCCAUGGACGCUUACCAGGCCCAUCAUGGCAGCCUUUUGAACCACCAAAUGUCCCGCACCACCGAGUCCAAGCCCAGACUUUCCAAGGAGGAAGUCGAGGUUCUCGAGGCCGAGUUCCAGAAGAACCACAAGCCUAACAGCAGCAUCAAGAAGGCACUUGCUGAGUCUAUGAGAGUCGACAACGCUCGCAUUAACAACUGGUUCCAAAACAGAAGAGCCAGAGAGAAGAAGGAAAAGAACAUCCGCGAGUACGAAGCCAGGCAAAAGCGUGAAAAGGAACAGGCCGAAGCCAACGGUACCUCGCUCUCUGACAACCGCAAGCGCGAUUUGGUUGCAUCCAGCGCACCCUUCCCUGAACCUCGCAAGGUUAUUCAGGAUUCCUCCGCCUCAUCGCCCAACAGCACCAGUGAUGAUGUCUCAGACGCCGUCGAAAUUGCCAAGUCCGAGUCUGUCGAGACUACACCGGAUCUUCUCUGUGACACCACCUUCCGCAAAACCAGCCGCCACGACGAUGACCUGAGCGACCACUCGCCGUCCGAGGUUGCCGAUUACUUGUCCAUGUCUGACGCGAGCGGCGAUCUGCCCUACAGCGACUCGGAAGGCUAUGCUUCUCUCCAAAACAGAACACCUGAUCAGCUCUUUGCGGAAUACCAGACCAUGAUGGUUCAGAAUGGUGGUCUUAAGUCUGGCGAGUUCUUUUCGUCGCCCAUGUUCCUCAACGGCCACGCCCACCUGGACAUGGUCAGCCCUACCUCGGACUCCCAGCUCAAGUCCCCCCCCUCUAUUGACAUUGCUAGCCGUCGCAACCGUCGCCCAACCCCGCUCUCAAUCAACAGCGCCCGUGCUUGCGCUUCCAAUGGUCCGCGAACCGCUAUUGACAUUAGCAAGAUGGCCGACAAGGCUAGCUUUAUGCGCCGUACAUCUUCUGGUUCUGGCUCAUGCCGUGUUACCAAGAACGUGGCUACUCCUCGCAACAUGUACACGCUCAACCGAACCCCCAGCUCAAGCGGCCAGUCUAGCUCGACGGCUCCUCCUACUCCUGAUACCCCUCUUGUUGCUGGCAACCCUCUGACUGGAGAGAUUGCCAUGCCUACUGCUCUGUCCUUGGACGCAAAGUUCAUGGUCAACUCCUUUGUCAACCAAGAUCCCACGCUGACAACGCCCCCCACCACCCCUGGCAUUGUUGACGGCCUGUUCCAGAUGGGUUCAGCCUACGGCAUGCCCAUCAGCGAAGAUUGCAUCGUUGGCAUGGGCAUUGGACACCUGCCUAACAGCUUCCAGAUGGUUACAGGAGCGCCUUCAUAUGUUGCUGGCAGCAGCAGCAGCCGCAACACAUCUCCCACUGAGCCGGUCAUGUACGGUUCCCAGAUGGGAUCUGCCUAUUACGGCAUAUAUGGCAACAAUGCUUAACUCAACUCUGAGCAAGACUUGGUUGCAAGACGUUUUUAGUGGCCUGUUAUACUGGUCCCUUGUUCUUUGGCGUCAGCACGUUCCAGCCAGCGAAUGAUUUCUACCUGCACAAAUUUGCACACUUUUGUUUUUUUCUUCACUCUGCCUCAUAAUUUCAGAGGAGAUGUGUAUCAACAUGGAGAUGGAUCGACAAUUUAAUGCGGUACUGCUGGAUUUAUGUUAUCUGUAGGCACAGCCCUGCAUUUUUCUUCUUUUUUUCUUUCCCAUUUCUUGUUCUUAUUACUUUUUUUUAGUCCUGUAUGGCGCUUGGGAGUUUAUACAUACAACUUGGGAGGGAAGGCCUUCAUACCCGGAUGAUAGGGUCUGCAUUUUACUUAGGAUAUCUGGCGCGAAGUGUUAUUUACAAUUUUUCUUGUCUAUUUGGUCACUGCAUUCAAUUUCUUGAAAAGUAUAUUUUUAAGGAGGGAAGGACGGGGAUGUUGCCGCGCUGUUGACGGACUCCUUUGAGCGAAUACGAAGAGAGGAGGGCAGGCGGUGGUGUGGAGGAUACUAGUAGCAUAGCCUAGCUUUUUGAGCCCCAAAAAUACAAGAUAUGCAUACAUACAUUCUACGUCCAGCAGACCAUUGUGACAUAGAGACUCAAGACAGGGUGGUGUAGCCCGGUUGGUAACUCCCUCACCACUAUUCAACCUGGUGACCUGGUGUGGUAGUGGCUCGGACUUGGUCCAUGUUGCGAGAAGGCGGCCAGCCACGCGCCCACCUGGAUGUUACAGCCGUCCCAUUGUGCACUGUUGGUGAUGAUGCUAAGGCGCUAAAGGCCGAAACGGGUCAACCUUGCAUAACCUGACACGGUGGCAUAGCUCCUUGUGCAUACAUGCACGCUUGAAGCCGCCUGUAAGUGGUCGGGUGAGAACGAAGGGCGGG